CAGGGAGGUGAGGCCGCUUGCCAUCGCGGGCUGUUAGUGUGAGCGAGGUAAAGGUUGGGUGUCUCGUGCCGCCGGCCGUUGGGAGGGUAAAGCGGGGGCCCCUCCCCCCACAGCUCCGCGGUACCCCUCCCAGCAACCUUCCAUUGCAGCGAAACGCGCGGGGAGGAAAAAAAAGCCUCAGGUACAACCCAGUGCAAUGGUGGGAGCCCAGCAGCUAGAGAUGCAGGCGGCGGCAGUGCCAGCAGUGGCUGCUGCAGGUGGAGGACCUGGUGGCAGCAGUGGCGAUCACCAGUAUGAAUGUCUGGAAUGUGGGAAGGUGUUCAAGUGGUCAUCGCGGCUCAUCCACCACCAGCGGACUCACACAGGCGAACGUCCUUACAAGUGCUCAGAGUGUCCCAAGGCCUUCAAAGGGUCAUCAGCCUUGCUAUAUCAUCAGCGUGGACACACGGGUGAGCGCCCUUACAAGUGCAGCGAGUGCGGCAAAGCCUUCAAGCGGUCAUCCUUGCUUCAGAUCCACCAAAGCGUGCAUACUGGCCUGCGUGCCUUCAAGUGUGCUCAAUGCGGCCUGGCCUUCAAGUGGUCUUCUCAUUACCAGUAUCACCUGCGCCAGCACACAGGUGAACGCCCCUACCCCUGCCCAGCAUGUGACAAGGCCUUCAAGAAUUCUUCUAGCCUCCGGCGGCACCGCCAUACCCAUACAGGCGAGCGUCCUUAUGUCUGCCCCAUCUGCGGCAAGGCCUUCACACAGUCCACCAACUUGCGGCAGCACCAGCGGGUGCACACUGGGGAGAGGCCCUAUCGCUGCCAGGACUGUGGCAAGGCCUUCACCCACUCAUCUAACUUGGCGCUUCACUGCCGAUCAGCACACGCUGCCCGCCCUGCACACACCUGUGUUAUUUGUGGCAAAGCCUUUGCGUCAGAUACAUAUCUGCAGCGGCACCUGGAGACUCAUGCUGAUGUCGCCCCUCCAGCACAGCUCUUCCUCGAGGAACCAACCACCACUGUAGAGAUGCUGUUUCGGUGUAGCAUCUGUCAACUUACUUUCCCCCUGGAGGAGCAGCUGCUGAGCCACCAGGAAACACACUUGGCUCCAGCAGAGCCAUUGCCUCCGCCACCUCCACUGCCACCGCCGCCGCCACCGCCAGUGCAGGAGACGGUGUCAUCAGUAGCAUCCCCAACACCCUCACUAGCUUGCUCAGUGUGUGCUAAGACUUUCAAGAGUGCGGCAGGUUUAGCACGGCACCAGCAGAGCCAGCACUCAUCAGAUCGCACGUAUACCUGUAUGGUCUGUGAGCGCUCUUUCCCAGCACUGGCCAGCCUCUUGGGUCACCAGCGCUCACAUCCCCCAGCUGAACAGCGGCUAGAGGAAGCUGAGGUGACCUGUCCAGCACAGGCUGAGCCAGUGCCCACAGCCACAGUGACGCCACCUCCACCCCCUGAGCGCCCCUAUGUGUGUGGAGAAUGCGGAAAGGCGUUCAAGGGCUCAUCUGGGCUGCGCUACCAUCUUCGUGACCACACCGGCGAGCGCCCCUAUGGUUGCAAUGAGUGCGGGAAGGCCUUCAAACGCUCAUCCCUGCUGCGCAUCCACCAGCGGGUUCACACAGGGCUGCGGGCCUUCACAUGCCCCACCUGUGGGAUGGCAUUCAAGUGGGCCUCUCAUUACCAGUAUCAUUUACGGCAGCAUACUGGUGAACGUCCAUAUGCCUGCCAGGAUUGUGGGAAAGCCUUCAAGAACACCUCGUGCCUUCGCCGGCACCAGCAGCUGCACACUGGCGAACGCCCUUUUACCUGCCAAACAUGUGGCAAGUCCUUCACUCAGACAUCAAACCUCCGGCAGCAUCAGAGGGUGCAUACCGGUGAAAGGCCCUAUUGUUGCCGGGACUGUGGCAAGUCCUUCACUCACUCAUCCAACCUAGCACUGCACAGGCGCACGCAUUCACGGGAACGCCCCUUCCAGUGCCCCAUUUGCUCUAAGGCCUUUGUCAUGGCUUCUUACCUGCAGCGUCACUUGCGUACCCACAGCACAACUGAAGCAGCCAGCCGCCCAGCUGCUCCCUCACCUGCUGCCACCCAGGAGGUGCAAAUCGUGCCCAAUGUGCAGGCCACUCUGAAUGUGGAGUUAAGCGGCAGCCCAGCCCCAGCUGUUUCAUCCAACACUCAGACAUUUUUGCUAGUGCAGACAGCACAAGGCUUGCAACUUAUCCCCAGCAUACAACAACAGCCGCCGCCGCCACCUCCUCCUCAGAGUUCACCUCCCAAGCUCAUCCUCUUGCCCAGUCCACAGGUGGUAUCUACCACACCUGCUGCUGCUCCAACCAGUUUUACCCUGUUGCCAAGUGUUUCUACCACCCCAAGCAAGUCUGUCCCAGUUCGUCAAGGUAAGGGAAAGAAGUCUGCACCGCCACUUCCGCCCAUCCCACCAGUGCCUGCUAGCCAGAAUAUCAUCCUAAUGCCCAGUGCCACUGGGCCCAGCAUUCAGCCCCUCCAAAAUGUGCAAAUCCAGAGGACAGCAGGGCUGCAGACUGGUGGGCAGAAUGUGAUUGUCCUCCAGAGUGUGCCAGAACAGCAAGGAGGCACAGUACAGAUUCAAACUGUGCCAGCCGCUCCAUCAGCAGGCACCAUCCAGAUUCAGAGCCUGCCCCAGCAGCUCCAAAACCUUCCUGCUGCCCAGCAAGGUGGUACUCUCCAAAUCCAGGCCCUGCCGCAUUCUCAACAGCAAACUGGCACAAUCCAGAUCCAAGCCUUGCCACAGUCUCAACAGGCUGGGGUUGUGCAGAUCCAAAGCCUACCCCUAUCCCAAAGCACUGUCCAAAUCCAAAGUAUGGCCUCCUCCCAGCCAGCAGGAGGGGUGCAAAUCCAGAACCUUCCCAAUUGCACUGCAACUGGCACCAUGCAAUUCCAAACUCUUCAACCCUCCCAAAAGUUGAACACUGUACAAUUCCAGGCUAUGCCAUCCACCCAGCAGGUGGGGACCUUGCAACUCCAACCCCUACAGCCUUCCCAGCGAGUAGUGCCCGUUCAGAUCCAGACUUUGCCACCCCCGCAGCAGGCUAGCCCCCUGCAGAUCCAGAAUCUGUCUUCUUCAAACCAGUCUGUGACCAGCGUUGAAAUCCAGGGUCUCUCGCCUUCCCAACAGCUAGAUGGCACCAUUCAGAUCCAGGGCCUGGUGUCUUCCCAAGAAGGGCAGCCACUCCAGCCUUCAGAAGAGAUGACCAGUGUCCAGCUUCAGACUCUGGGCCCACCUCAGGAUAUAAAUGAGAUGGAGGCUGCUCUGUCUAGCUCCCAUGAACUCUCUGAGGUGGACCUGCAACAGGGACCCAGCUUGGAGGAAGAAAGCCAGAACCUAAUUGUGGUGCAAAAUUCUCCAGGGGAGGAGCUUCUGGGACCAGGGGGUGAGGUGGAAAGCCUUGAGGGAGUGCAGGACAUGCACUUUGAGACUCUGCAAACUGAGGAAGGAGUUCAGAAUGUGUUGGUGCUGAGGGGUGCAGGAGGGGAGCAGACCCGGUUGUGUGUGCAAGAGGUGGAGAACAUCCAGACAGUGCAGGAGUUGCCUGGCCUUCAGCUGCAGAGUCCUGAGGCUAGCCCAGGGGCUGGGCAGAACCUCUUGAUAAUCCGCAGUGCCCAGGGAGAACAGACUCUCCAAGUGUUGGAGAGCAUGCCAACGUUGCAGGUGAGCAGCUCAGAUAGCACUCAACCUGCCGUUGACAGCAGCAACACCUCCCAAAUGGUGCAGCUUUUGCAAAGCCCAGUUACAUCCCAAGGCCUGCCCUCCAUUCAGAUUGUGCAAACAGUACCCAACAUGCAGCUUGUUCACACUUUCUGAAAGCAGCUGUCCCCAAACACUCAGCCAAGGCUCAGUCAUGCUCUUAGAAGUGAAUGAGAUGGGGUCCUACCUGGUGGCUGCUAUAAUUAAAACUUGCCAGUCAGGGUUGAUUCCUGUCUUGGUAACUACAAGACUUGUGAAAGGGGUUCCCUCUCAGCUUGGAUUCCUCAGGACAAAUUCUUUAAUGGUGCAACAGCAUGGAACUUGGUUCAAGCCCAUGCCUGGAAGUCCAAAGCACGCCCUUGGCAUUCCCUCUUCCUGCUCGCAUAUGGGCUGCUGCUGCCACCGGCCCUGCAGCCAGUGACCACUUCACCAAUCCCACCAUUACCAUGCAACUGUAUGCCCUGUAUUGCAUGAAAGAAAGGAAUAGCCAGUCUACUCUUUUGUCCCAGAUCCAUCCCUGUCUUUUAUUCCACUAUGCUUGAAAUACUGUUUUGGCAAGAACCAAAUGUCUGUACUAUUUGAUGGUUAAAAUAUGGUUAAAAGAGGCAUGGUAGCCAGGGCUUCUGUCUUUCCUCACCACUUAGACAGGGAAUGUGAUUAGUGGGUUAGCAAAUGGAUGUCUGGCUUCUCUCCAUUUCCCCUCCAUGCUAUGACAGUUCAUUGGGAGAAGCAUACACACCUUUUGUGUAAUAGAAAAUGGGGGAAGUUCAGUUUUGGGGGUCUUCCGUUGGUUCUGGAUGCUGCAAGAGGUAGCCUUAUGAGGUGCCACAGACUGCAUCUCCCAGCCACAGUGUAGUUUCCAGUUUAAGACCUCCUGGUCUCCAUUCCACCCUUUCCUUCACAAUGUGCACAAACACCUUUCUGAGUGGACCCCAGUUUCUGGUGCUAACAAACACAAGAGGGUCACAUACUCUUCUGGCCUAGAAGGAAAAUAAAAGACUGCUUUGAAGCACA